GUUCGUCGUCUCCUUGAGUGGCGUACCCAGUCUGCGUCGCUUGAAGAUGGGAGCAGACUCAUCUUCUGAUCCGCUCGAGUCUGCCAUGGCGGGCGGGCGUCAGUAGCCUCGAGCCUGGCUUUCGUCGCGAUUGAUCGAUUGACAGCAGCAGAAGAAGCGCGUCACGUCGUGGCAUGCUCGCAAAAGAGCCGGCGCAUGCUCAAGGUGCCUGCUUCUAGCUUGGGCGCAGAAUGGGUCGCACUAUGCAGUAUAGAAGCUCGGUUCUCUGCAGGCUCAUUCGUGCGAGCUGCUGUCGACUCGUGCUACAGCUAUCCGAGUGACCAUGGAGCGGCGACUUUCGAUAUCGUCUCGGAUGACAGUGGCCCUUUCGAGGCACACGCUACACGGCAUGACCCAACACUGCAAGACUUCAGAUGUACACGUAGGAUCGAGCGGGUUCUGCACUCUCCCGACACGCCCAUCGAGCAAACAUAUCUGUUCUACAUUGCCCGAGUUCCCAGCAAGCCGCACGAUAUAGCGCUUCUGGUGGGCACAAGCUAUCCAGGAUCAUGCAAACGGUACACAGCUUUCAGGAUGAGUCAGGCCGACUCGAGGCUUGAGCUGCUCGAAGCAGUCCCCACUACGAACGAUGGCACAGAUGACCGCAAGCAGAUCGACGAGGCGCGCAAGACGGCGGAAAUGCUGCUUGCAGACCUCGAUCGUCGCGCUCGAGUGCUGCCGGAGCCGUCACACAGCCCUUUUACUAUCUGCUCAGCUAACGUUGAAGCUCUCUGCGAGAGGCUAAAGGAUAAGCAUGCCUGGAUUAUCGACGCGUUUCCGAAGAGAGAACUUGCGGUCAAGCAUCUACAGGAGGACGCGGGCUUAGCUGCCUAUACGAUUUGUCUGUUCGACAAGCUGUAUGGGCCAGGUGGCCAACCCGAAGGAGGUUUUGUUGACAUUGGCUGCGGCAGUGGUUUGCUGGUUCACAUACUUACACAAGCGGGAUACCGUGGCUUUGGACUCGAUGCUCAGCGAGAUACGCAUUGGGAUCUAUGGCAGAGCUUCGAUGGCACCUCGGCGGAUCUGCGUCAGAUCGAGCUCAAUCUCUGCAGCCAAUUCACUUGCGCAGCUGAAGAGCUCCCAGCGGGCGCACACCUGAUCGGCAACCAUGCAGAUAAGCUGACGCCCUGGCUGCCCCUUUUGGCUGCAAAGUCACACGCAAGUGGUUUUAUCAACGUUCCUUGCUGUCCUCAUACACUUGAUGGUUCCUUCAUCGCACAAGUCCAUCGUAUGCCCGCAAGCAUUCCUGCUCGAAUGCUGUAUGGGUAUGGCAAGCAAGGCGGCAUGCGUCUGAAGGCUAGUCGAUCGGAAGCUUAUCAGGAUUAUCUCUGUGAUCUUGCUUGGCAAUGUGGCUGGGUCUCCAUGCGCGUCACCAUGCCUAUCUCCGCCUUGCGCAAUGUCGCACUCAUCGGAUUGUCACGCACCUGGCACGAUGCCCAGCUCGAUAACGUCGAUCAAGUCACCCAGAAGCUGCAAUAG